ACUUCAACAUUUCUCUUCCCUCCUUAUAAACCACUUCCCCUUCUUAGCUCAUUCACAACUCAAACACCCUUUUUCUUUCUUUCCCAAUUCCAAAAUCCCAAUUCCUCUCUCAAAAUUAAAAGUUAAAACCCAUCUCUCAAAAUCAAAUCCCAAAUUUCAUUCAUCAUGUUCUAAAUUUUAAAAUUACAAAAUAAAAUUUUAAAAAAAUAAUAAUCCCAUUUUUCUUUCUUCCCAAUUUCUAUCCAUUUUUUUCACUUCAAUAUUCCCAAUUUCUUUCUCUUUCAAUACUUCAAUCAUUAAUCUCUUCGGUUCAAUUUCGCAAAAUUCUCAUCAAUGCGACACCGUUUUGUUCUAUCACAAAAACCUAGUUUCUAGGGUUCCGAGCAAGAAUUAGGGUUCGAGAAUUCUCCAAUUUCUUCCACGAAGUUUGAAUCUUUCUUCAAAACCCAUUAAAUUGUUUCGACUUUGAAUCGAUUUGGCAUGGUGGGUAACGACGAUGCUCGAGCUCCAUGCCACCUUUCAAAUUCCCGGAAAAUGUUUUGGCGUUCAGCUUCAUGGUCUUCCGCCCGUUCCGCCGCCACAUCAAAUCCCUCCGGUGAACCGGAAUCGAAUUUCACCGAUCCGAAUUCCGGCGGUGGUGGUGGAGAUAAUACUAACCGGAGAUUUCCUCCACCGCCUUUGACGCCAAGGUCACAGCAGAAUUGUAAGGCAAGAUCAUCAUGUCUGCCGCCCCUUCAGCCACUUUCGAUUGCUCGCCGAAGUUUGGAUGAGUGGCCGAAAGCGAGCUCCGAUGAUAUCGGGGAGUGGCCACAACCACCUAUUACUCCUGGUGGGAGAGGUAAUGGUAAUGGUAAUAGCAGUAGUAAUAGUAAUAGUAGUAAUAAUAAUGGUGAAAGGUUGAAACUUGAUUUGUCUACAAUUCAGCAGAAUAAUAAUCCUGAUAGUAGAAAUAACGGUGGACUUGUGAAGAGAGAUAAAAUUGCUUUUUUUGAUAAAGAAUGUUCUAAAGUUGCUGAACAUGUUUAUCUUGGUGGUGAUGCUGUUGCUAAAGAUAGGGAAAUUUUGAAAAGGAAUGGGAUUACUCAUGUUUUGAAUUGUGUUGGUUUUGUGUGUCCUGAGUAUUUUAAAGGUGAUUUUGUGUAUAGGACUUUGUGGUUACAAGACAGUCCUAGUGAGGAUAUUACUAGUAUAUUGUAUGAUGUGUUUGAUUACUUUGAGGAUGUUAGGGAAAAGAAUGGGAGGGUGUUUGUUCAUUGUUGUCAAGGGGUGUCGAGGUCGACGUCUCUUGUUAUUGCUUAUCUUAUGUGGAGGGAAGGACAGAGUUUUGAUGAUGCUUUUCAGUUUGUGAAGGCGGCGAGGGGUAUUGCUGAUCCGAAUAUGGGUUUCGCUUGUCAGUUGUUACAGUGUCAGAAAAGGGUUCAUGCAGUUCCUCUUAGUCCGAGCUCGUUGUUGAGAAUGUAUAGGAUUGCUCCUCACUCGCCGUAUGAUCCUUUGCAUCUUGUUCCGAAGAUGUUGACGGAUCCGUCUUUGUCUGCUUUGGAUUCUAGGGGUGCGUUUAUUGUGCACAUUCCUUCGGCAUUAUAUGUUUGGAUUGGUAAGUAUUGUGCGGCUAUCAUGGAAAGGGAUGCUAGAGGGGCUGCGGAUCAGAUUGUCCGGUAUGAGAGAGUGCAAGGAUCGAUUAUCAUGAUUAAGGAAGGUGAGGAACCACCUUCAUUUUGGGAUGCUUUUUCGAAGUUUUUGCCUUUGAUGGACAUGCCUGGGAAUAGAGUAGAAAGUUACAAAUCAAGUGUUAGAAUUUUUCCUGGUGAGAGGAAAGUGGAUGCGUUCGAUGUUGAUUUUGAAGUUUUCAGAAAAGCCAUCGUGGGAGGUUUUGUGCCUCCGUUUGCAUCAUCGGAGAAUGAUCAUGAAACCCAUCUUCCUGCACGAGAGAGUAGUUGGAGUGUUUUAAGGCGGAAAAAUUCCUGUCCUGAUGUGAAGGAGUUUCUCUCAGCCCCUAAGUUAUCAUUGCCGCGAGUUUAUUCAGAUUCCAUGUUGUGCAUUCAUGCAUCUGCAAAUUCAUUUCCAUCACCGUCAAUGUUGUCAACUGACUCAUCUUUAUCAUCUUCCUCUUCACCUCCUUUUGUUUCUCCAGAUUCCAUUUCUUCUGAUUCUAGCAAUCACUCAAAGUUGUUGUUAGAAUUAUCCCCAGAUUCUUCUUCUCUCGUUUUUACUCCCGUCCCAGUAUCUUCAUCUUUGUCUAGCUUCUCUAAUUUGUCCCUCUUGUCAAAUUAUAGUUCUCAACCAGUGUCUAACUGUACAGAUAUCCAUGGUGUCAAGUUAUCGCCACAUCUAUGUUCUCGAUCUGCCUCUUUACCAUUGAAAAAACCAUCAACUUCCAUUGCUGAACGCAGAGGUAGUUUAUCGAAGUCUUUGAAGUUGCCUCUCAUGAAUGAUAACACAAAAGUAAUAGAUAAACCAUCAACUAUUCCUUCCAGUCGGGAACAUGGUGUUCUUGCCAGCAGCAAAUUUAGCUGUAUGCAAGAUUCAGACAGUAUAGAGUAUUUGUUCGAGUCCACUGCUAAUGUCAAAAAUGGAGGUAUGAAUUCAAUUCAACAGUGUGAACCAGCAUCGUGUCCAGACAUUGCUGAUUGCGUGGGCUGCAAUGAAUUAUCGGUUCUCAGGAACUGUGUUGAACCUUCAGUAGAUAGUUUAUCUGGAGAAGAUUUGAAGUCUGCAUCAUCAAAGGGAAAUUACGAGAGUGGCUCGUCGCAAUGUAGUAAGAUACAAAGUUUAGUAUAUCGCUGGCCAAGUUUAGAAAAGAUCGAGGCAUUUGGUGCAAAUCAUUUGGGUUCAGAGGCUGCUUUUGCUGUAUUCUCUCCAAGCAUACACAUGCAUGCAAGAAACAUUUUGUAUAUUUGGGUAGGGAGUUCUUUCAAACUGGAUGCUUCGCAGGUUCGGUUAGAUAGUGAUAGACGGUCUGAUUUGAUUGGGGCAGUUGACUGGAACAAAAUUGGUUGUGAUCUUCUUGCUCAGUUUAAUUUGCCGCACAAUACAGUCACUAAGAUUGUUAAAGAGAAUGAAGAACCACAAGAGUUCCUUGCUCUGCUGAGUUCAUUGUAGCACAAGAGUUACGAGGAGAAACCUGAGUUCAAGUAAAUUUCCGUAACCUUUCCUUCAUCUGCAGCUGUUUCUAUGUAUGUCAAUUUUGAAGGCUCUAAUUUGAUUUCCCCUGGGAAAAGAAAUCCAGCAAGGAGGUUGCCAUUUAAUGAGUCCAUUGUAGCUUGGCUGAUGAUUCCACAAUGCUUUAACAUUUUCAACCUAAACAUGUAUUUUCAACAUACUGAUUUUUUUAAAUAUUCUCACGUUAUUUAUGGAGGAAGAAAAAUCUCAGGUCCUUCAUUAAAAUUUAUCGCUUAUUUAGAAUUUCUGAAUUGAUAGAAUAGCUCGAUGUUGUACACGUCCUUCAUUUAUAAAAAUCACAUAGCUUUAGUUGUGUACAUUGUAAAUUACUGAAACAUGCUUGUAUGAUAGACAACUAUGCCAAUUAUUAUUUUAGAAAUCCCUUGCAAUGUUAUUUA